GGGGCUGGAGUUGCUUUGAAAGUCUUUUUAGGAGGGGAAGGGAGACAAUAAAAGGAAGAGAGCUCUGAUCCGUAAAACUGCCUGCAUUUAAAGAAUACUGCUGAUAUCUCUUUUGCUAUCCUGAAGUAGAGAGAGAGAGAGGCAAAUGCAAAAUGGCCUCAGUAGCCUACAAGAUAAUGGUUACUAUGGGGGCUAUAGUCUCUCUUUUCCACCUCCUCUGUGCAAUGGGGCUGUUCUCUACAAUCAUAAUAUGGCUCUCUCUAGAGUUCACUGCAGGGCUACCAGCUGCACUGGCACUCAUAGUGGGGAUACCAUGCCUUGUAUCAACAAUCUCAUUCGUUCUCAUGGUCGGUAUUAAAGAGAAAGGGAUUGUACUCUCAAUUCCUUACAUAGUCCUUGGCGUCUUUAUCCUUGUUACCGGCAUAUCUCUCAUGACUCCUUUCAUUGAACUCUACUCGCACGAGGAUCCUGAUCUGAUUGGAGAUUUCUGCAGCGACUGCGACCAUGUGGGUGCACACACGUUGCAGUGCGUGACAUCUUGCAACGACGAAUGCUGCUUUACCAACUUUAGUGCACCUCUCUCCAGAGCCCUCAUCAGUUUCUCAGCCAUAGCCAUAGCAGCAAGUCUAGCCAGUGUCAUCAUUGGCAUACUGAACUUAAUUUAUAAUUUUAAAUAUCAGCAGAACCCGCAGCAAAACAGACAAAAGUCUCACUGAAACGAUUAUGCUCUUUAAAUUAUUUUUUAAUGUCGCCCUCUUCUUACUUUCUCUCUUUUUUUGUGACAGACUCUCUCUCUCUCUCUCAUUUUUACUAUUAUUAUUAGUUCUCAAUAUUCUUCAUUAUGUUUGUACCUCUUAACUUAUAAACAUCAUGAUUACCAGUACUACUAUAAUGAUUAAAAUUAUAUUUUUAUUAUUUAUAACUGCCACACACAGCCAGAAAUGUA